AUGGCAAAGCAACCAUCUUUGAAGAGAUCAGAUUCCAUUGCUGAGACCAUGCCCGACGCGCUAAAACAGAGCCGCUACCAUACCAAGAGAUGUUUCUCCAGGUUUCUGGCAAGCGGGAAGAGGCUGAUGAAGCACCAGAACAUAAUGGAGGAACUGGAAGCGACGAUCCAAGACAAGGGUGAAAGAGACAAGGUGUUGGAAGGGCUUCUCGGCUACAUCCUGAGUUGCACUCAGGAGGCAGCCGUGGUGCCACCUUUCGUUGCAUUCGCGGUGAGGCCUAACCCUGGCGUGUGGGAGUAUGUCAAGGUCGGGGCUGAUGAUUUGAGUGUAGAUGGCAUCUCCAGCUCUGAAUACCUGCAGUUCAAAGAAACGAUCUACGACGAAAAUUGGGCAAAAGAUGAGAAUGCACUGGAAGUGGAGUUUGGAGCAUUUGAUUUCUCUUCCCCUCACCUUACUCUUUCAUCCUCCAUUGGAGAUGGAGUCAAGUACAUCUCAAAAUUCUUGUCACCAAAGCUUGUUGCUAGCUCCCACUCUUCAAAGAAGUUGGUAGACUAUCUAAUAGGCCUCAACUACCAUGGAGAUAACCUUAUGAUAGAUGAGACAUUGGACACACCAUCAAAGCUCCAAGGAGCAUUGAUAGUAGCUGAAUGCUUUCUUGCAUCACUUCCACAAGACACACCAUGCCAGGAUUUCCACCAAAGCCUGAGAGCAUGGGGAUUCGAGAAGGGAUGGGGGGACACGGCUGGAAGGGUUAAGGAGACGAUGGUGAUGCUCUCCGAGUCGCUUCAAGCACCCGAUGGAGAGAAAUUGGAGCAGCUGUUCAGUAGGAUUCCAAACAUGUUCAACAUUGUCAUCUUCUCCCCACAUGGAUUCUUUGGUCAAGCUGAUGUUCUUGGGUUGCCCGACACCGGGGGCCAGGUGGUUUACAUUCUUGAUCAAAUGAGGGGAUUGGAGGAGGAAUUGCUUCAGAGGAUCAAACUGCAGGGACUUAACUUGAAGCCGAAGAUCAUUGUGAUAACAAGGCUGAUACCAGAAGCUCGAGGCACGAAAUGCAACCAAGAAGUAGAGCCAAUUGAGAACACGAAGCACUCUUACAUUCUCAGACUUCCUUUCAAGACAAACGGCAGACCAGACCUCAUCAUGGGGAACUAUAGUGAUGGGAACUUGGUGGCCACUCUUGUGGCCAGGAAACUUGGAAUACCUUUGGGGACAAUUGCUCAUGCUUUGGAGAAAACGAAAUAUGAAGACUCAGAUGCCAAGUGGAAGGAACUCGAUCCGAAGUACCAUUUCUCAUGCCAAUUCACAGCUGACAUGAUUGCAAUGAAUGCAGCUGAUUUCAUCAUCACCAGCACUUACCAAGAAAUUGCUGGAAGCAAGGAAAAGUCAGGACAGUAUGAGAGCCACACCGCUUUUACCAUGCCAGGGCUAUGCCGAGUCGUGUCAGGAAUCAACGUUUUCGAUCCGAAGUUCAACAUUGCUGCACCUGGAGCUGAUCAAUCUGUCUACUUCCCAAACACCGAGAAGUCGAGAAGGCUGACCACUUUCCAUCCUGUCAUUGAAGAGCUGCUCUACAGCAAGGAUGAGAACAAUGAUCACAUUGGGUAUCUGAAUGAUCCGAAGAAACCGAUAAUAUUCUCCAUGGCGAGGCUGGACACAGUGAAGAACGUGACAGGGCUCACAGAGUGGUAUGGAAAGAACAAGAGGCUAAGGAACUUGGUCAACCUCGUCAUAGUUGGAGGAUUUUUCGAUCCAUCGAAAUCAAACGACAGAGAAGAGAUGGCUGAGAUUAAAAAGAUGCAUACUUUGAUGGAGAAGUACCAACUGAAGGGACAAAUGAGAUGGAUUGCAGCUCAAACCGAUAGGUACCGAAAUGGAGAGCUCUACCGUUGCAUUGCAGACACCAAAGGAGCAUUCGUGCAACCUGCAUUCUACGAGGCGUUUGGUCUUACAGUGAUCGAGGCCAUGAACUGUGGACUGCCAACUUUUGCAACCAUUCAUGGAGGGCCUGCAGAGAUAAUUGUCGAUGGGGUCUCGGGCUUCCACAUUGAUCCUUACAACGGAGAUGACAUGGGGAACAAGAUUGCCGAGUUUUUCGAGCAAUGCAAGGCGGAUCCUGCUUAUUGGAAUCAAAUGUCAGCUUCUGGUCUUAAGAGAAUCAACGAAUGCUAUACUUGGAACAUAUAUGCAAAGAAGAUGAUAAACAUGGGGUCAAUCUAUGGAUUCUGGAGGCAGUUCAACAAAGAAGAGAAGCUUGCUAAGCAAAGAUACAUUCAGACGUUUUACAACCUCCAUUUCAGGACACUGGCCCGGAGGUUCCAUACUCGAGAGGCUAAAAGUAGGCAAUCCAUCGGUAGCUGAUAGGGUUGACGGUGUGAAUGGGGCAAUGAGUAGAUCUCGAAGCCGAAAGUUCUUCCGGAUGUUAUCUAUGUUUAUAGUGGCUUAUGCGCUCGUCAGAGUGUAUUAUUUAUUCAAGUGAAGGUGGCAACUUGGAAAGCAAGCAAGUAAGCAAGCAAGAAAGCAUGGUUGUAAAUGAAUAAUGUACUUGUACGCUAUUUCUCCACUGACAUCAAUAAAGAUGAUGACUUAACUCAAUAUAUCGAUUCUGAAAACAAGC